AUGUCUACGAACUCCGAUACUUCAUCAACAUCAAAUAAUAAUACUUCAUCUCAAACUCAACCUUCAAAUAGUAACGAUAACGUUUAUAAAGGCGUUAAUGAUCAAGGAAAUAAAUGGACUCAUCGUGGAGACUCAGUAGCACCUGGCGGUUCUUUUCGUUACUCCAACAAUGAUGGUUCUUAUUAUUAUCAAAAUCCUAACGCAGGAUCAAAGACAGGAAAUACCCAAAUUGCUUUUGAAUUUACAUCAACUAAAAAAGAAACUGAUGUAGAUGUAAUGGUAUCAACAGAAAAUAAUUUUGGUGAAUCUAAAAAUCUUGGGAAAGCGGCAACGAUCUCCAUCAAAAGAAGCUUAUUUUCUCAAGUCGUUGAUCUAAAAUAUUUUGAUGAUAUGAACGAAGAUCUAUUGCCAACAAAAUUAACAAAUACUUGUCGAACAUAG